AAACAACAGCAGUAGCAGGAACAGGAAGGGGGGUAUUAGGAGCAGGAGUAACCUUCCCCCCCCCCUCACAUCCCAACAUACACAAACACACGCACACACCAGGUUUUUCAUGUCUCUAAAACCACAUUUCUUUUUGCAGAGACGGAGAGACGCUCCCGACAUGGCGAAGCUGCUGGAGUCGUCUCAUCACUGGAUGGGGACGUCAAUGGCUGACACGUACCAAGCGCAGGUGCAGGCGGCGUGGCAGAAGAGCUGGAACCAGACACAAUCCCUUUUGCAGAACCUGAGGUUCAGAGAACGUGGCCCUCUCAAGUCUUGGAGGCCAGAAACCAUGGCUGAGGCUAUCCACGCUGUGCUGAAGGAAGGCCUAUCCUUGUCUCAGGCCGCCCGCAAAUAUGACAUCCCAUACCCAACCUUCGUGCUUUAUGCCAACCGGGUCCACAACCUGCUGGGACCAUCACAGGAGCCGGGGGACAUGAGGCCCAAGGGCCGAGGCAGACCACAGAGGAUACUGCUGGGGUCAUGGCCUGAGGAACAAAUCAAGGGCGUGAUUAGAGCCGUCGUCUUUCGGGACACCUCUGUGUUCAAGGAAAAUGAGCAUAAGGUGGGCGCGAAGACCAAGGAAAACAAGCAGCCACUUGCGCCCAAGCUACAUCGGGAUGAUCCUGCUGGUUUACUCAUGAAGCCAAAUGGUCCAAUGCUGCCCAAUGUGUCAGGCAUCCUAACAGGCUUGUCCUUGGAUACACCAGACAAUGGUAGUUUAUCAACAGCACCUAGCACUCCAGCCUCGGCCACUCCAGCACCGUCGACACCUAUACCUGCUACCCCAAUCCCAACACCAUCAACUACACCAGCUGCUACUACUACACCUGUCGCCUUGCCUCUCACUACACCUCCCACUCCUGGAAGCACUGUGGGUGCAGCAGCGUGUAGUCCAACAUCAGAGUCCCGUUUAGUAAAUACCACUAUGGGGAACAGUUCAACUCCAUCUCCGAACAGCAUGGUGUCUGCUUGUCUAACUACUAUGACACUUACUUCCUCUAUGUCCUCACCAGUGUUUAGUCUUGCUAACAGCACCUCCAGUAAUGGAAGUAUUACUAGCAGUGUUGUCAAUGGAGAGCCACCAGUUAGUCCUACAGCAGGAUCUCAGCAGCUAGAGACAUCACCACAUAAUUCCCUUCAAAAUCAACAGGAGCAACAGCAGCAGCAACAGCAGCAACAACAGGAACAGCCACAGAAGCAAGAGCAACAAACACAACAGCUACAACAACUACAGCCACCUCAGUCGCUUCAACCACAACCACAGCAACCACAGCAACAGCCAGCUCAACCCCAACCACAGCAGCAGUCACAACAACACCUGCAACAACAGCCAUCAACACCACAACCACAACACCAAACCCAACACCAAGCCCAGCGUCAGGGGCCACACCUUGGCCCACUACCAGGUCCACAUCAGAACCCACACCAUGGCCCACACCAUGGAUCGCAUCAUGGCCCACACCAAAGUCAACACCAAGGUCCUCAUCAUGGCCAACACCAUGUCCCUCACCAAGGCCCACAGGGGCCACAUAGAAGUCAGCAUCAUAGUCAGCUCCCAGGUCAACAACACCAGGGUCAACAUCAGCAGCACCCACAGCCUCAACAUACACCACAGCAUCAUCAACAUGCACAGCUUGGAGGCCUGUUGCCCAGUGGGCUUCCCUCUCCCCUGGCCACAUCUUUGGCAUCACCGGUCCAUUUGGCACGGUUGUUUGGUGAAAGUGCUCAUCCUCAUCUUUCUGGUCCCCAACAUCCUCAACACCCACAAGCUCCUAUCAGUCCCUUCCAUCCUGCCUUCCCCCGGCAUCCUCAUCCUUCUGCUGCAAUGCAGGUUAUGAAUGCCAUGAACAGUCUCAAUGCUCAUGCUUCUCGGAUGAAUUCUAAUGGCGUUGAACCGUCACCUGAAGCGUUGCUCUUUAGCAAAUUAACAAAUCCUCAUAUGAAUCCCACUCAGGGUAGUGGUGAAAGCGCUGCAAGAAGUGGUCCAACUCAAAAUCAGUUUGACAACCAUGGAGAUGCCUCCAGUUUGGCUGGGAUGGUAGACCGUACAUCUCUAAUGUAUCGUGAUGGCCUAGACAAUAUUAAGUCUGAACCUGAACCCAUUCUGAAUUGAAAUUCCCGCUGCUCUUAAUAAUGGCUCCCUGUGUAAUGUAGAUAGCCUAAGUGUUAGUGAUAAACUGAUAUCAGUAUCAAUAGCAGCAAUCAAGGGUAUUUGAAAUGUAUUCCCUCUGCUGCUAGUUUGUUGUGCAGUGUAUAGGAUCCCAGAAUCAUCACUUGUGUAGGGACCAUAUUCUAUAUGAAACUUUUGCACACCUCUUUAUAAGAGCAUAUUUUAAUUGAUUAUGUAAAUAGUAGAGAGGAUUACAUAUGUAGCUUUGCAUCUGCAUUUGUCCAAAACAGUUGGGCAUUACCUCAAAGUGAAACUCAUUCAUACGCAGUGUCACUGUACAAACUGGACAUGCCAAUAUUUCCCUCAUGAUGUACAUAGUUAAGGUGACUGGUGCAUGCAACUCUGC